CCAAGUUCGUUAGUCACAAAUUAGAUCCCAAGCGGUUCGCAAAUAAUUAACUUGGUAUUUCUCUAACUAAGUGUUUCAAAAGCAAAAUGAACUUAAAAUCAGUGUUGGCCACGUGUUGUGUAUUGGUGGUGCGGUUCAAAUUCAUUUCUGCCGAACCUUUCGUCUGUCCAGCAGAUGGAAGUUUUUCUGACCCGGAAUCUGUUGACUGUAAAAAUUAUUAUAAGUGCCAAUCAAUCAACGGAAUUUUAGAAGCCAAAGAGGCAAGAUGCCCUGGAGCCACCGUAUUUGACCCUUCACUAGUGAAAUGUGUAGGAGCGGCGUCUUACACAUGCCCUGGACCGGUUACAACAACUACCGAAGCACCAACUACCGAAACAACUUCAACGGAAAGUCCAAGUGGAUUUAUUUGUCCAGGAGAGGGACGGUUUGAAAACCAAGAGUCAGUAGACUGUAGAUCGUAUUAUAAUUGCGUGCUAAACUCAGAUGGUGAUGUUAUAGCCACACUUUACUUCUGCCCGGGCAACACUGUGUACAAUUUGCUGCUAAAUAAAUGUGUAGCACCCUCCACGUACACGUGCACAAUCGAAGUAACAACAUCUACCGAAACUACUCCGGAACCUACCACAACAACGGUUGUACCAUCCACCGAACAACCAACAACUUCGCAACCCAUCUCAUCAACAGCCGAAUCCGGUGUUUUCACAUGCGUCACAUCUGGCCGUUUCCCCAACCCGGAACAAUCGGAUUGCCAAACGUACAAGUACUGCCUACAGACGGCGGCCACCACGAUCCAGGAAUAUACCUUUCGCUGCCCUGCCGGAUCAAACUUCAGCCCAACCGAGUCCCGUUGCACAGUUGGUUAUAUCUGUCCAAAGGCCGUGACCACCACAACCACCGAGGUCCCCACAACUACGGCGGCGGAUGCGGCAUUCGUGUGUAAUGUUGAGGGCCGCUUUCCGGAUCCAGAGUCGUGCAACCAGUACAUAUUCUGCACGAGAGCCGCCGACGGAAGCCUCGUGCAGCACGCGUUCAGAUGUCCUCCCAACUCGUGGUUCAAGCCAAAUGAAAGCAGAUGUUCGGCCAGUUAUGUUUGCGUUUAAUACGAUCAUGGAAUGAAUUUGAAUUUACUUCUCGCAAUAUCCAAUUAUCGAAUACUUGUUUAUAAGCCAUCAAAGUAUUAAAAUAAAAA